AUGCGAAAACGGUAUGCUUCAUUCACUUCAUGGCCUCAAGAGCCGUUACCAUCUGUAGAUGAUUUAGUUAAAGCUGGAUUCUUUUAUUCUGGAAAAAAAACGAUCGUUACUUGUUUUUACUGUAACGGAUCUCUUCAAAAUUGGGGUCAAAAGGAUAAUCCCAUGAUUGAGCACGCUCGAUGGUUUCCGCAAUGCGCUUAUGCUCGCCAAUUGUGUGGCGAUGAGUUAUAUAGAAGAAUUCAAGAAUCAAAACGAGUUGCUCGAGAACGAACUGAAGCAAACCAGACAAAUACAUUUUUUCUAUCAGAUAUUAGUGAAAAUUCAAAUAAAACCACUUCAGCAAACAGAGAUACGCCAGACAGUCAACAACUAUUGAUCACAGAUGAAGCUGCAUUAUCUCGUCUAGUUGCUGCACGAUUAGAUCUACCUAUUUCACAAGAUUUGUUGAGUAAGAAUUUUAAAUUAUCAAUUAUUAAACGUUGUUACGAAGAUCAGCUGCGUUUAAAAAAUAAUGAUUUUGUGAGCGAUUAUGAUCUAUUUUUGGCAUGUACUAUUCUUCAAAAACAGAUUCAGUACAUUGAUGGCAAAAAAGAGAAUAUUAUUAUUCCCAGCGUUCACAUGAAAAAAAUGCGAGAACUUAUUGAAAAAGAGGCAAAAGAAGGCUCAGAAAUGGAUUCAUUAACCAAUGAAUUAGGAACCUUAAAUUCACCAGCAUCAUCAAUAAAAACAAAUACUGUAAGAAAUAUUGAAAAAGAAAUAAAAGACAAACAAAAACUUCAAUCAAACAUCGAAAAUGUGUGUGUUUUGUGUUGCAAAAGUGAAAGAAGAUUAGCAUGCAUACCAUGUGGACAUUUAGCAACAUGCCUCACAUGUGGCAAUUCCCUUAAAACCUGUCCCAUUUGUCGGCGGGAAAUUGAAGCGUUCGUCAAAGUCUUCAUUUAAAUGAGACUGUUUCGAAUGUAUCUGAUCUACACUAUAAAAAAUAAAGUGUGUAAAUGACUCAUAUAAAGUGAGCGCCAAGUUGUAACACAGUGACUGUCUAAAAUGCACUGCGUAGGUGUGUAAAAUAUACACCGAGACCAGUGAUAUAGUCUACUUGUCUAAACUAUCUGUACUGGAAAUGGUGAUGUUUUUUUUCUUAUCCGUUUUUGCUGAAAAUGACAGUAUAUAUACUUUCGAAGAUGGUGAUCAUGAUUCUGAUAUUAUCUUUGGAUUUGAUGCAGUAGUUUGGGAGAGAAAUGGAAAAUAACAAAUAUUUUUAUUUACAUACCCAGUAACACAUUUUAUUUUUACAGUGUAGUUAGUAAGACAUCUGGACACAAGGGCCAAACGGUCAUUCAUUGGUUGUCCAAUGAAGCUGAAUGUGAUACAGUGCAGUGUAUCGGAGAAUAAGACACAAGAGGUGGAAUAUAGUCAAGUUAGUGCUAAGAUUCAUCAUCAUCUGAACAAACAGAUUACAAGCUUCAAAUAUUAAACUUUUCUUACUCUUCUUUUUUUUCUCAGUUUUUCUGAAUAUCCCAGUUGAGUAUUUAAACUUGUAGUCGAGGCAGGCUUUCUAAUGAGAAUUUUGAGGAGCGCGUACAUAAGCAUGGGAAUUCGUGGAUUUUAUCGUUCUGUGUUUUCCUAUUGGUUGAUACAAAGCGUAUUUUCGAUUUAGUUCGCGUACCGUACACGUUGGAACAAAGGCGUACGCGUAAUGUUAGAAACACUGAGUCGAGGAUGUUGACCUGUCAAUCCAUGUUUUAUCUGGCAGUUUUCAGAUACCGCCCUCUAUCAAAUUUUCUACACAUGUUUGCCCUGAGACGCUCUUUAAUAGAAUUUUAUAUCAGUUUCAUGCUUCUAGUUAAAAUAGUUUCCUCUGAAAUGCAGUUAAAUUUUAUUAUCUGUCGCCUAGGUUAAGAACUCUCCAUGAGAGAGAAAUAUCGGCCUAUAAAAAAAUGACUGCUUGUCGUGACGCCAUAGAUAUGUGCGUUUCUACUCAACCAUCCGUCCGCUAUCUUCGCUGAAACGUAAACUCAAGAAAUGUCCGAAACGGGCGUUUGGUUUUGCUUUAAACUACUACACUACAUUCCUCUUCUCACGAGUUGUUUAUGAUAAAAAGAGGAGCUUUUAAAUAUGCGUUAAAUAUUUUAAGGAUCCAACUCUUCUUCAAGGAGAGCGUUUUUCGGCAAUCUCACAGGUUAGUCUAGAAAUAGACAGUAAAUGAGAGAAGGAAGCGAGAAAAAAGGUCAACAUUAGGGAUUAUUGUGCACGACUGAUUACAACUAUGUAAUGGAGCAGAUUUCUCUUUCUAAACGGCGUCUUAUCCCUGAGUUUGCUGGUAAACAUGGGAUUUAAAGUAAUAUCAUAGCGUCCAUAUUGAAGAACAGAUAUGUCUCUAUUGUGCACAACAAUUUAUUUGUUUUAUUCUUUUGAACUGCCCUAAAACUUGUAUCAGAUACUGGCGCCACCAUAUCUCGAAACGGACUUGCACCUUAACACCAUUUCGUAGCUGCAAGGUUUCUCGGUAACGAAAAGUCGCAGAGAGCUCGGGAAGGUCUAAAACUGAAGCUGACAUAUGUGGCUAGAGACUAAUGAACCUUGAUUUAGGAUAUUCGCUCUAGAUUUGUGGUUAGAAAAAUAUCUUCAUGCAGACUUUUUCGAAUUUCGGACUUUUGAUGCUGACCAUUAAUUUGAAAAAUAAAAUAUCAAAAAUCCG